CUUUUUUUUAAGUCCCCGACUUACUCAAUUUUCUCACUCUCUUAUGACACUUUUCACUCUCUCUUCUUCCAUGGAUUUUCCUCUAUCUCUCUCCUUUCUUCUUCUUCUUUUUAGUUUCUUCAUUCUCAAUACACGUGCUGACCUCCCCGGCACGUGGGAACUUCUCAUUCCCAACGCCGGUAUCGCCUCCAUGCACACCGCCGUCACUAGGUUCAACACCGUCGUUCUCUUAGAUCGGACUAACAUCGGCCCAACUCGCAAAAUGCUCCGCAAAGGCCAUUGUCGCAAUGACCGCUACGACGCUAUUCUCAAGCACGAUUGCUACGCCCAUUCCGUCCUCCUCGACCUUCAAACCAACCAAAUCCGUCCUCUAACUAUCCUUACAGACACAUGGUGCUCCUCCGGCCAAUUCCUCCCCGACGGCACUCUCUUGCACACCGGCGGCGAUAUCGACGGCCUCAGAAAAUUCCGGAAGUUUCAACCCUGCGAACCAAAUGGCGCUUGUGAUUGGAUUGAGCUUUCGGAACCGGAAUUAGCCGAUGGGAGAUGGUACGCUACCAAUCAGAUUUUACCGGAUGGCUCUGUCAUAAUCGUCGGCGGCAGGGGAGCCAAUACGGUCGAGUAUUAUCCUCCGAGGAAAAAUGGGGCGGUGAAUUUCCCUUUUUUGCGUGACGUGGAGGACGGUCAGAUGGAUAAUUUAUACCCUUAUGUUCAUCUUCUUCCAAAUGGGCAUCUCUUCAUCUUCGCAAAUAACAGAGCAGUUUUGUACGAUCACCAGACUAAUCAAGUGGUGAGGGAUUAUCCACCGUUGGAUGGUGGGCCUAGGAAUUACCCAUCCGCUGGAUCCUCGGUUAUGCUCGCUCUCCAAGGGGAUCAUUCAAAUGCCGUGAUCGUGAUUUGCGGAGGAGCUCAAUACGGCGCGUUUAUCCAGAGAAGCACCGACACUCCGGCUCACGGAAGCUGCGGAAGAAUCGAAGCAACCGGUUUGAACCCAGUUUGGGAAUUGGAGGAUAUGCCAUUUGGAAGAAUCAUGGGGGAUAUGGUGAUGCUUCCCACCGGCGAUGUGGUGAUUAUCAAUGGAGCGCAAGCCGGUACUCAAGGGUUCGAACAGGCUUCGAACCCUUGCUUGCAUCCGGUUCUGUAUCGACCCGAUCAACCGGUCGGGUUGCGGUUCAUGACUUUGAACCCCGGAAACGUUCCCAGAAUGUACCACUCUACAGCCAAUCUACUUCCCGAUGGAAGGAUUUUGGUUGCCGGCAGUAAUCCUCAUUUCUUCUAUAAAUUCGAAGCGGAAUUUCCGACAGAGUUAAGAAUUGAAGCGUUCUCGCCGGAAUAUUUAUCGGCAGAGAAAGCCAAUAUCCGACCGAAGAUUGAAACAAUUCCGGAAACGAUAAGUUACGGGGGCGUUUUCGACGUAUUGGUGUCGGUUGAACUACCGGUAGUGGGAAUUGUGGAAGUGAAUUUAGGUAGUGCGCCGUUUGCUACACAUUCUUUUUCUCAAGGUCAACGGUUAGUGAAAUUAGCCGUCACGGCGAGCAUCCCCAACGGCGAUGGGCAGUACCGUGUCGGUUGUACAGCUCCUGCAAAUGGAAUGGUGGCUCCACCAGGUUAUUACAUGGCGUUUGCGGUCAAUCAAGGCGUGCCAAGUGUCGCUCGCUGGAUUCAUCUCUCUCCCUAAUGAUAUUUUUAACACUUUUGUUUUCAAUAUUUAUAUUAUAACAAAUGUAAAAAUAAAUGUAAGUUUAUGUUCUCUG